AUGGAGAGGCCCGAGGAGCGAAAGCGAACGAGGCCACCGCCGGCCGAGCUCAGCCGCUCGGCGCACGUCUCCUCCCUGCAGCAGUACCGGGACCUGCACCGCCGCUCGCUAGAGGAGCCGCACGAGUUCUGGGGAGACGUGGCCAAGGAAUUCUUCUGGAAAACCCCGUGCCCCGGGCCCUUUCUCAACCACAAUUUCGAUGUGACGAAAGGGAAAAUCUUCAUCGAAUGGAUGAAAGGGGCCACGACCAACAUCUGCUACAACGUCCUGGACCGCAUCGUGGAGGACAAGAACCUUGGGGACAAAAUUGCCUUUUACUGGGAAGGCAACCAGCCUGGAACGGCCACCAAGAUCACCUACCGAGAGCUGCUGGCCCAGACAUGCCGGUUUGCCAACGUGCUCAAGAAGCUAGGAAUUAAGAAAGGUGACCGAGUGGCCAUCUACAUGCCCAUGAUCGUGGAGCUGGUGGUGGCCAUGCUGGCCUGCGCCCGGAUCGGAGCCGUCCACUCCAUCGUGUUUGCAGGUUUCUCAGCUGAAUCGCUGUGUGACCGCAUCAUGGACUCCAGCUGUGUCCUCCUCGUCACGGCAGACGCUUUUUUCCGCGGGGACAAGCUGGUUAAACUGAAAGAGACCGUGGACGAGGCUCUGAGAAAGUGCAGAGACAAGGGCCUCACUGUGCGCCACUGCGUCGUAGCCAAGCACCUGUCUCGAGCAGCACCGGCGGCUGACGGUCCGGGCGGACAGUCUCCCCCGCCCAAGCGGCUAUGUCCGGACGGGCAGGGCAAGCAGAUUCCCUGGAACGCGGACACUGACCGCUGGUGGCACGAGCUGACGGGGGACGCGGCCGACACGUGCGAGCCCGAGUGGUGUGACGCCGAGGACGCCCUCUUCAUCCUCUACACCAGCGGCUCCACCGGCAAGCCCAAGGGCGUCGUGCACACGGUGGGCGGCUACCUGCUCUUCGCUGCCACUUCGUUCAAAUACGUGUUCGACUACCACCCGGACGACGUGUACUGGUGCACCGCGGAUAUCGGCUGGAUUACCGGUCACUCCUACAUCACCUACGGCCCCUUGGCCAACGGGGCCACCUGUGUCCUGUUCGAAGGGCUCCCCACCCACCCCGACCCCGGCCGCAUGUGGACCAUCGUGGACAAGUACCAGGUGACCAAGCUGUACACGGCCCCCACGGCCAUCCGGCUGCUCAUGAAGUUUGGGGACGAGCCGGUCACCAAGCACUGCAGGCGGUCUCUGAAGAUCCUGGGUACCGUGGGCGAGCCCAUCAACCCCGAGGCUUGGCUGUGGUACUACGCCGUGGUGGGGGAGAAGCGCUGCCCCGUGGUAGACACCUUCUGGCAGACGGAAACGGGUGGCCACAUGCUGACCCCUCUCCCGGGCGCCACUCCCUUGAAGCCUGGCUCGGCGACAUUCCCGUUCUUCGGGGUGCACCCUGCCAUCCUGAACGAGUCUGGGGAGGAGCUGGAAGGAGAGGCUGAAGGCUACCUGGUCUUCAAGCGUCCGUGGCCCGGCAUCAUGCGCACCGUCCACGGCGACCACACGCGCUUCGAGGCCACCUACUUCCGCCGCUUCCCCGGUUACUUCGUGACAGGCGACGGCUGUCGGCGGGACCGGGACGGCUACUACUGGAUCACCGGGCGUACGGACGACAUGCUCAAUGUCUCCGGUCACCUGCUGAGCACGGCUGAGGUGGAGUCGGCGCUGCUGGAACACAAGGCCGUGGCCGAGGCGGCGGUGGUCAGCCACCCGCACCCCAUCAAAGGGGAGUGUCUCUACUGCUUCGUCACGCUCCGGCAGGGCCUCGUCUUCACUCCCGCCCUCAGGGAGGAGCUGAGGCUGCAGGUUCGAGAGAAAAUCGGCCCCAUCGCCACACCAGACUACAUCCAGAACGCCCCCGGCCUACCCAAAACGCGCUCAGGGAAGAUCAUGAGGCGGCUCCUGCGGAAGGUGGCCCGGAACGACCGGGACCUGGGAGACACAUCCACCGUGGCCGACCCCUCGGUCAUGACUCACCUCUUCAAGCACCGCUGCCCCACGGCCCCGUGACUGGCAGGGCCGGCCUGGGCCCGGGAGGUCGGGGUCGGGAUCCCGGGGUCUGGUGCUCUGCGCAGAGUAGGCGCUCAAUAAAAACGACUGAAUGAAC